UCAGCUCUUCACAAUUACUGAAUGGAUGGUUAAUCAACAUAUUAAUAUUACUUAUAUGUUAUAUGCAUUUUAGCGUUUCACAAAUGUAAAUAACAAAUCCCAGCUAAAUUGUACAAUGCGAUGGACCUCAUUCGUGGUAUCAACCGCGCGAACAUUGAAAGUAAGUGAGUGAAAGUGGACACCGUUGGCUCGCCGUUCAUAUUUCCCAACGUUUGGUUCUAUGCGGAAAUACCUGCAUCCACACGUCUGCGAAAAUUAAAUAAAGCUCCUGCCGACAAUAGCUGUUCACAACGUGAUCAGGUUAAGCCCUCCCUGGCCCAAAUAUCCUAGACAGUAGGAGUCAUGUGGCUGGAGUUCCCUUCAGUCAUUGGUCCUUGGGUGCUCCCAAUUUGGGCGAAUCUCCCCCUGAGGAAUGAGGGAUGAGAGCAAACGAGAAAGGGGAGAUGUGGGGGAAACAAGGUCACAUGUUGAGGGAGACGGGCAGGAAGCUGGCUAUAAAAAGACUAAUUAAAAAUGUGUGGAUAGAUAUGUUGGAGGACUGUGUGAUGCUCCAGCUGAGUUGGCGAGCAGCUCUCUGUGUCAGAUCACAGCUGGACGGGCUUGACAGACGAGCUGUUCAGGGAUCGUGAAGGGGAUCAUAAAGACUGUUGUGCUCCCGGGACUGAUCUACCAGGCCUGAAUUUUGAAGAGAGGGCCCCCGUCGGCUGGACUGUGGCUGACCGCUGACCCCGAUCUGCUGCCUAACCCCCUUCUGGUUCACCGCUGAGCUAAUAGAGGUGGUCUGGUCGGGCCUGAUGUGGAAUUUGACCCCAACUGACCCUGUCCUGCAAGUAGCCUUUCAGUGAGCCACGACUGGGGAAAAAGGAAGGAUAAAAGAAUAAAAGAGUAAGAGGGGUGACGGAGAAGAAAGAAGGAAGAAAAGGAGAGAAGUGAGAGCAGCAGCACAGCGACCGCACUUUCAGGAUGCCAGUGGAAACCCUGCGGCCAUCAGACGGCCGUCUGGCCGGGGUUCCCUUCACCUCUGCCAUGCCCUUCCGGAUACUUCACAAGGGUCCAGACUAUUUCCGUCGUCAGGCUGAGCCUGGGGCCCGUAAACUGAGUGCUGUAGAACGCCUGGAAGCAGACAAGGCCAAGUAUGUGAAGAGCCAGCAUGUGGCCCUCACCCGCCAGGCCCCCAUCAAACCGCCAGUCAUCCGCAAGCCCCUUGUUCCACCAGGGAAGAUGCUCCAGUGUCAGAUCAGUAUCCCUCCAGCCCGCAAAGUUCCCCGCUGCCCAGCUGAUGUGGAGAAUGGAGGAGGAAAGGAGGGACCUGGAAGGAGAAGAGGACCUGCUCUUAACUUGGAUAUUCUGAAUAAUCUUAUCAAUGAUGUAUGUGAUGGACCAAUGCCAUGUUCCCAGUCCUCUUCCUCAACCUCCCCCUCCUCAUCAUCUCCUUCAUCAGGAGCUAAGAGCAUCGGCAGUAGCCUGUCAGCAGAACAGGAGAGGAGCAACCGACUCCUCAGCAACCUCAAACCAUUGAAUCACAGCAUUAUCAACUCCUCCUCCACCUCCUCCUGCACCUCCUCUCCACUCAACAACAACAACCUCCGGACCCCUGAAGCAGAACCCACUCACCGCCCCCCUCCUAUUCCGGCACGGGCACCUCGUAUUGGGGUUCCAGUACCCUAUAGCUCCCCUAACUCUGUGACAGUGCGCAGGGUGGACGUUCGGCCUCAGGCUGAGAUCAGGAAGCCUCAGAGGGCCCAGCUACAGCCCCAGCUCAGGCCCAGACAGACUGCCCAGGGCCAAGUCGCACACCCCCAGGUCCCACCUCCUCCCCCACCUACUCAGAACCAACCCCACCCGCAGCCUAAUAACUCCUCCCAAACCCUGCCCCCUCCUCCAGCUUACCCGCCGCCCAGUCCCAUGCUGGCCCGUGCGGGCAUGAUCCCACCCGCCUCCCCCGCUUUCACCCGUAUAUCAAAUGCCAGUUCCAAGGGGUCCUCCCGUAAGCACCCUUCUUUGCACCGCUCCAAGUCGGACCUGAGCGACCGUUUCUCACGUGCAACGGCGGACAUGGAGCGCUUCUUCAACUACUGUGGGCUGGACCCGAAGGAGGUGGAGGGCAUGGGUGGAGUGGAGUGUUUCACAAGAGCCAACUCUGACAUUGUGUCCGUCUCUAAGCUCCGCAGUGUCAGUACACCUAGCUCGGAGGCUGAGCGGGCGAGGGAGGAUGGAGGAGAUGAGGACAAUGAGGAUGGGCCAGGUGCAGCCAACGAGCGAGUCCCCUAUGGCAUAUCCGUCAUCGAGAGGAACGCUCGAGUCAUCAAGUGGCUAUACGGCAUCCGUCAGGCUCGAGAUGCUAACAGUGCUGUUUCUAACGUAUAGACUAAUGGGGACUUGAAAGACAAAUCAGGGAAGCAGAAUGUUUUGUGUGUACUCUCAUGUCUGAAGAAGAGAAGCCCAUCUGUUUGUCUUCUGCUGCCUUACAUCACAUUUAAGGAUAAUCCAGUAGUUGUUUUUACUGUUUCCUCUGAAGACUCAAACUUGUUUUUGAAAUUGCACAUCAGUGAUUUUUAUCUGGGCUGCAAGUCAGGACUGCUUCCCUGCGAAAGUAAAUGGAUGAUACAUUUCCCUUUUCCUUGCAAUGAAAGCAAUAAUAGACUGGUAUAAAUGAUGAUGGUGAGGAUGAAGGCUCUUUGCGACAAUGGUUCCUCAUGUAAGGGUACUGUGUGUGUAUGCGUGUGUGCGUGCGUGUGUGUGCGUGCGUGUGCACCAGAGACCUCUGCAGCACAAAGCCAGAGGUUUGCUACAAACUGCUGGAGACUCUGAUGCUACACAGCGACUGAAUAAGCCAGGAAAAGAACCAUACUGAUACUGUGAAACUACACAAAAAAGCUUCCAUAAACUCACUUGUAUUUUCAAAACAAAAAAAACUUUUUGGCUGUAAGACUGUUAUUAUACAAAUUUCUGUCAGCAUGCGAGUGAAAAGUUUGUAUCCAUUUACUUUAGGGUUUGUCAUCUCAACACACACGACUGUCACACAGAAAAUCACUUCACAGCACACACGUAUAUUCAGGUCAAUUACAGUAAAUAUGGUAGCAGCUGCAGUUAGUGCUGUCUGUGUAUCUGACUGUAACAUUGUCUCAAUUGUGUGUUUGCAUCUGAAACAUGGUCUCAUGUCUUGGAUUAUGUUGCACAGGUGCAGCGAGAGAAAUCUGUUUACUAUUUACGUAUGUCUGGGCACAGAUGAGAAAGCAAGUCUUAUGAUAAGGGGUGAUCUCAUAAGAGGAUGGUUAAAGCAAGUGUAGCACGAAAAAAUGAUUUAGAGAGAAAAACAAAGGAUGGGUAACAGGAAGGAUGAAGAGUAUACUCACUGAUGGUAUACUGCGGUUUUGAAAGUGUCUCAGGAAGAUGCACUUGGCAUACUAAUGGAAAUGGACCAAUAUUUAUUUGGAAAAUGUAACUUAAUGUAUUUUUUAAUAUUGGACAACUUUGUGUACAUAAUUGAAUCCUUGCUCUUAAGUGCAAUCUGACUAUAUCAACUACAAUUACAGUAAAUGUAGGAUCACAUUUGAACACAUGCAAACACAGGCACCAGUCACAUGCUGAGUGUGGAUGUUAAUGGGGCUGCUACUGCUAUGUGGGGAGUGCUAAACUUAGUGUUCUGUGCCCUCUGCAUCUACUCCCUUUCAACUUUUCAGGGUAGUCAAUCUGAGCACCAAUUUGUACCAGUAACUAUCACAGGUAGUUGAAGAGCAGCGUGCAGUGGCAGUCAGAUCAGAGGGCUGGAGAACGUGACCACAGUGAUGGUGAACCAAGUGUGCUGAAUCCGGCACUGGAUGCCCAAAGAGUCUUCAAGUGAGAGAUCCAAAAUGCUUUACCAUGGUGUAUUCUAAACAAUUAAUAAAAUAAAUUCUAAAACUUUU